AAUUCAUAACGAGGGGCGAGUCAUCUCUGAAAGGGUUUGUGUUGGAGUAAAGAUGCUCCUUAUUAUUAUCUCGUAGAGAAAAGAAUUUAGCCUAUUUCCAGAAUCCUGUUUGCUAUUUCCAAAGUAGAUGUUGUUCUGCUUAUUUUAUAUUGUAUAAAUCAAGCCUUUCAUUUAUUUGGCUGUGGAGCGCAAACCGCGACCACGAAAGGGACAAAGCAGCAUGAAGCCAACUCGUGAAUGAAAAAGGGAAACCGAAUGAACAAACCUCAACAUUAUUUCCAAAAUACAAUUUAAAUAUAUUUAUUUUUUCUCUUUGAAAACUCAAAAUAACCCAGAAACACCGCACCUUGUGUUUCCUCCGCCACUGUUGGGUAAAUAUAUCAUCAUCUUUCUCAGGAGCUUUAACCAUUUUUUAGCCCGAAAAGCUUAGCUCUCCACCCAACCACAACCACCGCCCUUUGACGACCAGUAACAACGAAAACACUACACACACAAAAUCUUCCUAACACGGCCGAACCAAAGAGGGCGAACAACAAAGCAGGAAAGGAAAACGGAGGAUUAAGCAGACCAACAUGCCCGACGUGAAACGCACAGUCAAGCUCGUCACGGAGCAGAAUCUCAAAGAAGGAGAGACGGCGUCGGAGGUGGAAUUGCCGCUGCGGAAAUGGUCGAUUGAGGUUUACUUGCUGAACGAGCAUGGCGAGGAGGUCCCCGCGACGAUGUUUGACAAGGUCACCUAUACGCUGCAUCCGAGUUUUGGGAAUAGGGCGAUACAGACUUUCAAAUCUGCACCCUUCAAAAUUGAGGAGGAAGGCUGGGGUGAAUUUGAUAUGCAGAUUGGUUUCACAGUUCUGGACAAAGAACAUAUUGUCAACCAUGACCUACAUUUCCAGCAGAACAAAUAUGAGUCAAAGCAUGUUCUUACCUUCAAAAACCCCAAACCAGCUCUUCUAAACAUUCUCCGAGAAUAUGGCCCUGUGCCUGGCGAUGAGAAUGGCGUCAAAUCGAAGCGUGGAGGUACGCAGGAUGAGGGCUCGAAGAAAAAGAAGCGGAUAGAUAAGAAUGUCGACAUGGAUAAACUGGCAGACGGCCUGCAGAAGCUUGGUGAAGAUGACCUCCUCCAAGUUGUGCAGAUGGUCCAUGAUAACAAAUCCGCCGACUCGUAUACCAAAAAUGAUAUUGAGCAGGGCGAAUUCCAUGUUGAUCUCUACACCCUUCCCGACUCCCUUAUCAAGAUGCUGUGGGACUUCACACAGGAAAAGGGAGUUGUAUGAGCACGUGGCAGAAAAAAAGACACAUCCCUCUGAUUCUGUUUCUGAUUAAACUAAUGCCUUUUUCCCUUUCCUUUUCUUUGACCUGUCCUUUCUUCUCUGAUUUUUUCUUUUUCUCAAUGGAUAACUAAUGAAAUCAAAUUCAUGCAUGGAUUCAUUUGGUCUCAAGAGCAUUUUCCAACUCUAUCUCAUUAUAUCCGUUUCUAAGAUGUAAAUUAUGCUAAAAUCUUGUUUUGUCCCCCUAACCUUUUUUUCAUUUUCUCUCUUACGCCAGUUGUCUCCUGCCGUCUUUUACACUUCAACCAUCAACUUUGUAUUUUUCACUUUUCGAUUUUGCUCCCCCGGUGUUUUCUGGAAUGAUGAGAAAACCACUCUUGAAUUCGUUUCUCCUCCAGUUAACAUGCCGUCCUUUUCCCAUAUCCUGUACUGCCACGUUUUCCAUGUCCCCCCCCACCCCCCUUUUUUUUUUUUUUUUUU